AUGUCACAAGACCCGGAAAAGUCAAUUUCCAGCCAGGAUGGUGAACAACACGUUUCCGGGAAGCCUCCUGAGAAGGAAAAGGAGGGCAGCAUCAAAGACUACAUCCGAGUCUUCCACUAUUGUGACAAGUAUGAUUGGAUCUUGAACGGCAUUGCAUUUUCCUGCGCCAUAGCAAGUGGUAGCUCGCUGCCGCUCAUGACAUUGAUCUUUGGGAGUUUCACCAAUAAAUUCAAUGAGUUUGGCAGUGGUGGUUCAAGCCCUGCCGAAUUCAGAGAUGACGUGGAUUCCUUUGUCCUGUGGUUCGUCUACCUCUUCAUCGGAAAGUUCUUUGCUACUUACAUUGCGACCGCGACAAUCACCAUUUCCUCCAUAAGAACAACAAGAACAUUGCGGCAUGCAUUUCUCGAGUGUACACUAAGACAAGAGGUCUGGCAUUUCGACAAGCAGGGAAAUGGAGCAGUUGCCACCCAGGUCACCACCAAUACCACCAGAAUUCAAGGUGGCAUUGCCGAGAAGCUUACCUUCACUAUUCAGGCUCUCGCUAUGUUCUUUGCCGCAUUUGUUGUCGCUCUGAGUGUCCAAUGGAAGUUGGCGCUGAUUACAAUGUCGGUAAUCCCCGCCAUCUUUCUCGUCACUGGGAUCUGCGUAGCCAUCGAUGCAGUCCAGGAAGCUCGAAUCAUUCGCAUAUAUUCUCGGGCAGCAGUUCUAGCAGAAGAGGUACUGUCGUCUAUUCGAACCGUUAAUGCAUUCUACGCCAAGGAGAGGAUGAUGCGGAAGUACAACACCUUCUUGGAGGAGGCACACAAGGAAGGAAACAAGAAAUCACCGAACUAUGGCAUUUUGUUUUCAACUGAGUAUUUCUGUGUGUACGCCGCCAUCGCCUUAUCAUUUUGGCAGGGCUACAGGAUGUUCCUGAGUGGUGAAGUUGAAGAUGUCGGCAACGUCUUCACCGUGGUGCUCUCUGUAACCAUUGCUGCCACCUCCAUCUCUACGCUUGCACCGCAAAUCCAGUCCUUCACCAACGCCGCCUCUGCUGCCUCCGAACUGUUUACCAUAAUCGAUAAACCGACAUUACUGGAUCCCCUUGAUCCAUCGGGGAAGCAGCCUGUCACUUGCCAUGGUAAUAUUGAAAUCAAGAAUCUCAAUUUUUCAUAUCCAUCCCGACCAUCUGCUCAAGUGCUGCGCGACUUUAGCAUUUCAAUACCAGCCAGCAAAACGACCGCACUUGUAGGUGCUUCUGGUUCUGGAAAAAGCACUCUUGUGGGACUUCUGGAGCGAUGGUAUAUUCCAGCAUCUGGCAGCAUUCUUCUCGAUGAUAUUGAUCUUCCUGAAUACAACACCAAAUGGCUACGAAGCAGAAUACGUCUGGUCCAGCAGGAGCCCAUCUUGUUCCGAGGUACUGUCUUCCAAAACGUUGCCAAGGGCUUGGUGGAUGAGCAACGCAAAUUGCUUCGCGCAGAGCAGAUGGAACUCGUCCGGGAGGCGUGUAGAGCCAGUAACGCAGACGGUUUCAUCACUGAGCUUCCUCAAGGUUACGAUACGGAAGUUGGAGAACGUGCUGGUACCCUGAGUGGCGGUCAGCGGCAGCGGAUUGCAAUUGCUCGCAGCAUCGUAUCCAAUCCCAAGAUAUUACUGCUCGACGAAGCGACCAGUGCGCUGGACCCUAAGGCUGAGAAAGUAGUGCAAGAUGCCCUCAAUCGUGUGUCGAAGGAUCGAACCACAUUGAUCAUUGCACACAAAUUAGCUACCGUCAAAGCCGCCGACAAUAUUGCCGUUAUGUCACAAGGUAGAAUUGUUGAGCAGGGUACUCAUGAGGCCUUGAUUGACCUCGAUGGCCACUAUGCUUCCCUCGUACGAGCGCAAGACCUGUCAGCUGAUGAAGCAGAGGAGGCGGCGAUGCUAAUGGAGGAAAAAGCUAAUGGUGAAUCAGCCGCUGAACGUCUUGCGCUUCAACGAUCCACAACAGGUGCAAUUUCCCUGACAGGGGACCCCAAACUCCAGAAGAAGGUGAUCGGAACACUCAACUACUCACUUCUGCGAUGCAUCAUGAUCAUGUUCUAUGAGCAAAAGAACCUGUAUUGGUGCUUUGCAGUUUCAUUCGUGGGCUGCCUGAUUGGAGGCGGCACAUUCCCUGCGCAGGCAAUCCUCUUCGCACGCUUGUUGACGAUCUUCCAGGUCACUGGACAAGAAGCCGUUGAUCGGGCCAACUUCUACUCACUUAUGUUCUUCGUUGUCGCGAUAGCAAAUCUGGUUGCAUAUUUCGCAAUCGGAUGGCUUUGCAACAUAAUUGGUCAAACAGUGACCCACAGGUAUAGAACUGAAAUGUUCGAUCGUGUGCUACAGCAAGAUGUGGAGUUCUUCGAUAUACCAGAAAAUACAUCUGGCGCGUUGACGUCCAAAUUGUCCUCCGUUCCAACCGAUAUUCAAGAGCUUGUCAGCGCAAAUGUCCUUCUCAUUACAGUAGUUAUUAUCAAUGUUGGAUCAUCCAGUAUUCUAGCACUCGCGUAUGGAUGGAAGCUGGCACUGGUGGUGAUUUUUGGUGCAUUAUUACCAAUACUUAUUGCUGGGUAUCUACGAAUUCGCCUCGAACUUCAGCUGCAAACGAAGAAUUCACAGAACUUCUCAGACAGUGCAGGGCUUGCAAGCGAAGCUGUUGCUUCAAUAAGAACGGUAGCCUCUUUGACUCUCGAGUCACAGAUCCUGGAGGAAUAUUCAACAUUACUAGGCAACAUCGUCUUGCGAUCGACGAAAGCUUUGAUCUGGACCAUGUUCUGGUUCUCGCUGUCACAGUCUAUCGAAUUUCUCGCGAUGGCGCUGGGAUUUUGGUACGGUAGCCGUCUAUUGUCCACGGGAGAAUACUCUACAACCCAGUUCUACGUCAUCUUCGUUGGAGUGCUCUUUGCGGGCCAAGCUGCGGGACAGUUCUUUGCGUAUUCAACUAGUUUGACCAAGGCAACAUCGGCAGCUAAUUAUGUUCUCUGGUUACGUACUCUGAAACCUGUGAUCAGAGAGGAUGAAAACAACAAGGAUAAUGGACCAGACGGAGACGGUCAAAUUGAUCUUGAAGACGUCGAGUUCCGCUACCAGCAAAGAGAAACUGCGAGAGUGCUGCGAGGCAUAUCCAUGGCAGUCAAACCUGGCUCAUUUGUGGCGUACGUUGGAGCAUCAGGCUGUGGCAAGUCAACACUGAUAGCCCUGCUCGAACGAUUCUACGAUCCCGUCAGUGGUCGCAUCUGCUUAGAUCGCAAGGACAUUACCGGCAUGUCUCCCCGGCUGUAUCGGGGCCAUAUGUCGUUGGUACAGCAGGAACCUACCCUGUACCAGGGGUCUGUGUGGGACAACAUCUCGCUUGGUCUUGAUUAUGAGCCAUCGGAAGAAGAGAUCAAAGAAGCUUGCCGCAAAGCAAGUGCGCUAGAUUUUGUUGUGUCUCUCCCAGAGGGCUUGGAGACGCCCUGCGGAUCUCGGGGAAUGCAGUUCUCUGGCGGGCAACGACAGCGUAUUGCAAUCGCACGGGCGUUAAUUCGCAACCCUCGGCUCCUUCUACUCGAUGAAGCAACAUCGGCCUUGGACACUCAGUCCGAACGAUUGGUACAGGCGGCUUUAGACGAGGCUGCCAUGAGCCGCACAACAAUCGCAGUAGCACACCGCUUAUCCACGAUUCGCAAUGCUGACACGAUAUUUGUGUUUGCCAAUGGCAGAAUUGCGGAGAUGGGUACGCACGCAGAACUACAAAAAUUAAAAGGCAGAUACUACGAAAUGUGUUUGGCGCAAUCUUUGGACAAGGCUUGA